AUGACCAUAACAACCUUUGACAUCAAAAAACAUGAACCUCAUUCAUCGUAUCAUCAAACUCACACCCCACAGUUCCCACUUUCUUCUUCUUCUUUCUGUCAGAUGAAGAUACCAACAAGUACACUUGUUCGUUUUCUUUUUCUCUUCUUACUCAAUUCUCAUCCUAUCUCAUCAUCCUUCAUUCAAGGUUUCCAAUUCCAGCCAUUGCCAGCACCAAGCUCUGGUGGUGAUCACCAUGCACCAACCCCUUCUGUUCACGAAUUCCAACCUCCUCUGUCGCCACCUGUGGCUGCAGACGGUGGGGUUGGUGGUGGGUCUCUUUCCGGCGAGUCCGCUCCUCCGUCACCGGCGGUUAUGGGGGAGUGGCACGACUGGUCUCAGGGAGCUCCAGCGCCGAUCUCGGAAAAUGGGGUGGGCGGCUAUGGAGUUGAGAGCGCCGGAGAGAUCACACCCGGUGCUCCGGCGACCGAGGACGGCGGCGUGAGGUGGUGCACAGUGAGAGACGAAGUGGAGGAGUGUCAGUCCUUUUUCAGUGUCGUUAACCAAUUAACUGGCUACACGUGGAAAUGUGUCAAAAGAGACAAAGCCCAAUAUUGUCUGGAGUCAAUUAAGAAUGGAGAAGCAGAUUUGGUGAGCUUAGAAGCAGGUCUUGCUUAUAAUGCAUUCAUCAACUACUCAAUGAAAGCCAUAGCGAACGAGAUUUAUUGUGAUCAUUCCAAAACCUAUGAAGCUGUUGCAGUUGUAAACAGAAGGGUAUGUGAUAACAAUGAAAAGAUCACUUUAAUGGACUUCAAAGAUCACAAGUCUUGCCAUGGAGGUUAUUCCACAGCAGCAGGAUGGAACUAUCCCAUCAACUACAUUAAAAACUUAUUUGAUAAUGGAAAAUUAAAUGACAGGGAAAUUGCAACUAGUUUCUUCUCAGGUGUCUGUGCUCCAUCAGAGUUUGAAGGUUCUGAUAUAUGUAAUGCAUGCAGCAAAGAGAAUGAAACCUGCCCUGAAAUAGGUUUGUAUUCCGGUCACUCAGGUGCUUUUAGGUGCCUAGUAGAGGAAUUGGGAGACAUUGCCUUUGUCAAGGGUGAUACUGCCUUGCUCUAUUCUAUGGAGGGGCCUCAUAAUCUUUCAUGGUCAACGAAGUCUGUUAGGGACUUCAUGUAUCUUUGUCCUCAAGGGGGUUGCAGAGAAAUCAAUGGUUAUCCUGGAGAUUGUUCAUUUGGAGCUGUUCCUGCAAACGUGAUAAUGUCACAUAACUCAAUGCCCAACAAGAAAAGAAUUCACGUUUUAGAAACAUUAACGAAUGCUAGUUUGGUGGAUGCUCUUUAUACCCCAAAAGAUGUUCGCAGCCACUUAUUUAGUCCAAGUACUCAAGGACUAGCCAUGAUUGAAAAGGUCACAAGGUUAUAUCUGGGGAAAUCAGCUUCAAUCUCACAGAUCAUACAGAAAUUAAAUGCCCCAGAAAUACCCUCAGAUGCAGCAGAUAACGUUUCAGGUUUCAAUAAUGAAAAGUAG